CACAUAGCAGGGCGAAAAGAAACACAUGUUCGCGUAAAAUCGAUGAAUAAACUUUAAAGGAGAAAUUGAAACCUGAAAGGAGCAGCGUGUUCGGCCAUUUGUUAACAUACAUUAUCCCCGGAACAUUGCGUAAAUCGUUUCCUGCAAAAGCCGGGACCCCUGGUAAAAUGGGUAUUACGGAAACAUCAGCAACAACAACAACCGGAAUGGGAGCGGCAAAUGCUAUGGAGAGCAAGCAAAUUCUGUCGCUAGAGGCUUUUCAGGACAUCUUCAAGCACGUGGAACCGGAAGUCCAGAUUGAUGCCUUUGAGCUGGCCCCGGGCUCCGACCGCGGUGACAACUACACGGCCGCCCUGUACCGCAUAAAGCUCACCGGGAAACGACGGAAUCUCAAAUGGGAACAGAACGUUAUCUGCAAGGUUUUGCCGGAAAGUCUGGUCGCCCGUGAGGCCUACAAAAGCGACAAGCUAUUUCGCAACGAGGUGGAGUUCUACACCACCAUCAUGCCAGAGCUUUUGAAGUUUCAGGCCAGCAAAACGGACCAGGACACACCCGUGUUCAACGCCAUUCCCAAGUGCUAUUCAGCCAGGCAAGAUUUGCUUAUUAUGGAGGACCUUCGCGAACGUGGCUUCCAAAUGUCCGACCGCCACAAAGGACUUAGUCUUGAAGAGACACAGUCCGUCCUGCUGCAAGUGGCCCAGCUGCAUGCCCUUAGCCUGGCAUACAAAUUCGAGAAUCCGCUGGAUUUUAGCAAGCUGUGCAGCGUGAUCAGCGAGGGAAUCUUUUGCACGGCCAACACGAGUUGGUAUCGAAACUAUUAUGAACGCCUCACCAAGAACGCCAUUCAGAUGGUGUCAGAAGUGCUGCCCGCGGACUCAAAGUAUGUACUGGCCAUUAGCAAUUUUGCGGAGAGCUCCUCCUUCUUCGGCCGGAUGGUACAGUUGGCAAGCGCCGAGUCGCCACUAUCAGCCAUCUGUCACGGCGACUGUUGGGUGAAUAACUUUCUGUACCACUAUGAUCCAGAGGAUUCGCAACGGGUACUGGAGGUAGCACUGAUCGACUUCCAGCUGAUACGCCACAGCUCUAUCGCUUUGGACAUUGCCAAUCUGUUAUACUGCUGCACCACAAAGGAAAUGCGGGAUGCCAAGCUUCAGACUCUGCUUAAGAUCUACACGGAGGAGCUGUUUCGAUGGUUGCAAAUCCUGUGCACAAAUUUGCCAGAUCACUGCGACACUUUGGAGAAGCUGCAAGAUCUUUUUGCCGAGGAACUAAAAACUUACGGACGCUUUGCUCUUGGUCUAGCCAUGGACAUCCUUCCUAUUAGCACUUGCUCCUCGGAAGAUGCCCCGGAUAUGUACUUAAAACGAAGCGACGAUCAAGAUGAGGACGAGGGUGCGCCCACGCUCAACUUUCCACCUAACGAUCUGUGCCGCCAGAAAAUGUCCGAAAUAGUCAUCGAUAUGGUGGAUCGGGAUAUGCUCUAGGCAAAACUGCAGCCAAAACGGAACGCCUGCUGUCUGCCCAAAACACCAAUUACCAAUAAUAUACCAGCUCAGAUAGCAUGCUCCAGUUGAUUCUCACUUUAACCCUUAGUUAUAUCCAAUUUAGUAAAUAUUACCAUUAGAAUAGCAAGACUUUGUACGUUUAGGGUACCACCGCUACCUUUAUGUUAUACUUCUAUAAUAGCAGCCAAUUCCUUGGCCCUGCGUCCCAGACAGGACUUCGUGAAGUCAAAGUUAACACUUAACCGUAUUAUUAAUUUAUCAUCUACUUUGUUUAUGAAUGAGCAAAACAACCGAUGCCAAAAUAGUGUAGAUUUAAAACUCAAGGUACUUGUUUCGCAUUUAGUUUUACGGUACCCGUUUUCGAAAGCCAAUUGCACUUUGAGGAAUAUUCUCCGAAUCUCUGUUACGUUAAUCUUUUCGAAAUGGAAUUGGGCACAGGGCCUUAUUUGACAGGAAUUGUAAGAAUGCACUUUAUGAUCUAGCCGUAGCUGAAAUGAACAAUACAUUUGUUGAACGUAGGUCAAAGAACACAGACAAUAGAAAGCUUGUCUAGGCGUAUUGUGUUUUUCUAAAGUAUUCUUUACACUAAUAAUAAACUAUAAAUGAAGGGUA